GAAAUAUAUCGAAUUCGGAAAUAUUUAGACUUUGGAAGUAUUUCGAGAAAACUAAUGACUCGAAUAUAUAUAUAUUAUAUCAUAGGUAGCACUAUGUGCAGUAGCAGAAAGUGAAUAUAUACGUAAUUACAUGGAAUGAACGCUGCACUGAUCAAUGAAGAAUUGGCGCAUGAAUAUAAGAAAAGCAGUGGCGUAACUUCGAUUUUGAUGUCAAUCAUAGAAUGGAAAAACCAACUAUAUUGAUUGUUGUUUUUCCUUUUUUUCAGAAAAUUCGACUAUAUUUAAUACCCAAUGAUAUAUGUUAAAAUUUUGUCUAGGACAAAACUUCCUAAAUCAUGAAUCAUCCGUAAAUAAUCUAUGAUUGAGUGUGUAGCGAAGCAUAUUGCAGCAAAAUAUGCUCAACAUAUUAUGGUAAUUAAGAUUAGUUAUGGAAGCGAAAAUGUUAUUUUUGAAAUUAUAGUAAAUCGACACCCAUCAUCACUCAUCAUAAAAAAUCAGUGACUAUGUAUUAUUUUUAAUUCAUUUUUGCUUUAAUACCUAGCGUCUUAACUUCACAACAGUAUAAUUUUGUAGCUGCUAUCUUUAAAAUUGCUGUAUAGUUCUCGUGAAAAGGUGUCACAAAUAUGCUGAUUCUUCCCGACGUUACUUGGAUAAUACUAAACAAUUGGAGUAUAAUUCUGUGUCUUAUAACGAGCACUGUAUAUUCGUUAUACACGUUCAUAAAAAGACCAAGAAAUUUUCCACCUGGUCCAAGAGGAAUUCCUAUUUUAGGAGUUGCACCGUUCGUAGGGAGUAGACCAGAAGUUACUUUUGCGAAAUGGAGCGAAACAUACGGAGAUAUCAUUGGUUUUAAACUGGGAAGCGAUUACACAGUUGUUUUGAACAGUUACGACGCGAUACAAGAAGCUCUGGUUAAAAAUUCAUCCGUGUUCAAUAACAGACCAGAUAAUUUCAUUAUAACUGAAGUUUUGCAUAAGAAAGGAAUAACGAUGAAUGAUUAUACACCUGAUUACAUCAUCGAAAGAAAAUUUGCACAAACAUCUCUUAGCAAACUUGGAUUUGGGAAAUCAGCGAUUGAAAACUCCAUUUUGGACGAAGCAAAACGGCUUAUGAAAUUAUUUGGAAACAAUGACGUUGAACUGAACGAUUAUAUAAAAAAAAUUAUCCUAAACUGUAGCGGAAACAUAAUCGCCCAAGUUGUAAUAGGAAAACGUUUUGAAUAUGAAGAUGAUGAAUUUAAACAAAUUGCAGAUGGAUUUGAUAUGUUUUUCAAGAAAGGUUCUUUGGCUUACCAGAUGACGAUGGUUAUGCCUUGGUUAAGUCAAAUUCCACCAGUAAGAGGAAGUGCAAUGGCGAUCAGAAAAGGAAUGGAGGCAGUUAGUAAAAUAAUGACUCGAAAAAUAGAUGAACAUGAAAGAACGAUGGAUAAAUCAAAUGUACGAGAUUUUGUUGAUGAAUAUUUGGUAGAAAUGAAGAAAAGAGAAAACAAAUCGAAUCAUGGACCUUAUAGCAAAAAAAUGUUGGAUUGCAUGAUACGCGAUUUAUUUGGAGCUGGAAUGGAAACUGUACAAGGGACAUUGAUAUUCAGUUGCCUUAUUUUAGCAAAUAGACCUCAUUUGAUGGAAAGGAUUCAUGAAGAAAUUGACGACAUCAUUGGAAUUCAAGGAAUACCUCAAUAUUCGUUACGAGAUAAGAUGCCUUUAUGCCAUGCAUUCUUGAAAGAAGUUAUGAGAUAUAAAACGUUCGCACCACUUUGUAUACCACAUUGCACUUCAAAAAAUAUACAAUUUCGUGGAUAUGAAAUACCUAAGGGAACCACAAUCUUUCCAAACUUAUAUGCUGUCCAUAACGACUCGAAGAAUUGGGAAAAUCCUGAAAAAUUCAAUCCAGAUCGACAUAUAAAUGCUCAAGGCCGAGUGAAAAUUUCUAAAUAUUUUAUGCCGUUUGGAAUGGGUCCGCGUAUGUGUAUUGGACGACGUCUGGGAGAAAUGGAGCUUUUCAUAUUUUUUGUGACAAUCUUCCAAAAAUACAAAGUGGUUCCAACUAAUAAAUCAGGAUGCAAAAGACCUCACGUCAAUGAAAAUGCUAUAAGAACUGGACUCGCAAUGUGCCCCCCACCAUACACGCCAGUAACUUUAAAACGACGUGUUGAUAGGAAAUUCCUUCUUUUCCUCCCAAAGUAUAGUUGUUGUUCCAACAUUUACGAACUCUUGCUCUCUAUAAAAAUGAGCUUUUUAAGCGAAUUUGUUUUCGGCGAAUGGAACUAUUUAGGUAUAUUACUAUGUUCUAUUUUGACAAUUAUACUGUUUUAUCAACUUUCGAAGAGGCCAAAAAAUUUUCCUCCUGGACCCAGGGGUAUUCCGUUUCUAGGUGCAGCACCGCUAAUUGGCAACCGACCGGAAAUAACAUUUUCGGAAUGGCGCAAAACGUACGGUGACAUCAUUGGUUUUAGGCUUGGAAUGUCACAUACAGUGGUUUUGAAUAAUUAUGAGUUGAUACAAGAAGCCUUGGUCAAACAUGGAUCUUCGUUUAGCCACAGACCUGACAACUAUAUGUUCAAAGACAUCCUGUUUAAAAAUGGUAUUACAUCACACGAUUAUACACCAAAUUUCAUUAUUGAAAGAAAAUUCACACAAACUCUACUGAGUAAACUUGGCUUUGGAAAAGCGGUGAUUGAGUCUGCUAUUUUGGAUGAGAUUCAACAACUGAUGAAGCAUUUUGGAGAUAAAGACGUUCAACUUGACGCUACCAUUAAGAAUAACAUGAUGAAUUGUGUUGGAAACGUAGUAGGGCAAUUUGUUUUUGGAAAAAGAUACGACUAUGAUGAUCCCGAACUAUUAACAUUGCUCGGCGGAUACGAUGCCUUCUUCAAGAAAGGAACUCUCGCUUAUCAGCUAACGACGCUAAUACCAUGGACACGUUACAUUGAACCUGUCAAAGGAAGUGUCCUAGCUAUCAUUGAGGGUCUUGCAAAGGUUAAAAAUAUAAUGAUUCAAAAAAUAGACGAACAUGAAAAAUCUGUGAAUGAAUUGGACAUGAGAGAUUUUAUCGACGAGUAUUUAGUAGAGAUGAAACGUGAUGGUAAUUCGAAGAGAGGACUUUAUUCGAAGUUUAUGCUGACUGACAUAAUUCGUGACUUAUACGGCGCAGGAAUGGAGACGGUGCAUGGAACAUUAAUAUUCAGUUUCAUAUUACUUGCAAACCGUCCUGAAAUAUUGAAAAAAAUACAAGAAGAAAUUGACGAUGUUAUUGGAAGUGAAGGUUUGCCUCACUACAACUUGAGAGAGAAGAUGCCGUUUUGUCGGGUAUUCCUAAAAGAAGUUCUAAGAUUCAAAUCAAACGUACCACUCGCUGUUCCUCAUUGCACGUCAGAAACGAUAACAUUUCGUGGAUACACAAUCCCGAAGGGAACAACCGUUCUUCCUAAUAUAUAUGCGAUUCACCACGAUCCUGAACUGUGGGAUGAACCAGAAAAAUUUAAGCCAGAGAGACAUCUCGAUUCAGAAGGAAAUAUAAAUAUUUCAAAAUAUUUCAUGCCUUUUGGUCUAGGACCUCGCUUGUGUAUUGGACGUCGACUAGCAGAAAUGGAACUCUUCAUCUUUCUGAUCUCAAUUUGUCAGCGUUAUGAUGUGAUUCCCACUCCACGUCUGGGAUGUGAACGUCCCCGCGUUGAUGAAGAUACCGUACGAACGGGCCUUGUUAUGUGUCCCCCACUGGACACUCCCGUUACCCUAAAACGGCGAUGUGUGGAAGACUAAGAUGUGCGACAGCUGU